GGGAGGGUUUCGGCGCUUCCCGGAGCGACGGGAGGACCGUGCCUUGCCCGGGUGCCUCAGCAGCGCAGGGCUGGCAGCAACAGAGCUGAAAAACAGGAGCAAAGCGGUUUCCCAGCAGUGCCGAUAUCCUGCCACCUCUCUCCUCCUCUCUUUCCCUUUCCCUCUUCUUCUCCCUUAGCCAGGCUCACGUCUGGAGAGGGCAGCUAACUCCAGCUUCGGGAGGGGGAAUCGGGCUUUGCAGCAUCCCCCUGGCAGCCCCAGGAACAUUUCUGGCUGCGUCAGCCAAAAUUCCUGCCGGGGACUCUGCUGCAAUGCAGCACACCACACCACACCACACCCCCCGCGGGCGCUGAGCCCCAGCCUGGGCAGCCGGUGCCGGAGCCCCACACGGCUCCAGGAUUCCCUCCGCCUCUUCCCACCGAGCCCCGAUGAUUCCCGGUUGCUCGGCAUUAUCUCCUGAGGGCACUUGGCGUCCGCAGCGUCUGUCAGCCCAGCCCGGCGCACGUUCGCUUUCCCAACGCGCUGCCUCCCCGAAAGGAUCGGCUCUGGUUUCGUGUUUCAUUUCCCUCGCACGCUACACCCGAAUUCCAGAGGCUUUCUGACCUCGCUGCUGCAUGGACUCAGAGCACAGAUCCCUUCACGCAGCCAGCGGAGGCAGCCGGGGCUUCCCUCGGCUCCAGGGAGUGGACCAUGAAGACGUCAAUUGUAGUUUUGCUUUGCGUCUCGGUUUUCCCAGGCUUUUCCCAGGGCAGAGUUGUUGGCGAGGAUGAAGCUGGUUUUGCCGAGUGUAACGUGUUCUUCCCUGGACAAGUCCCACCCGAAGGAUUUACGGAGCAGUUCCACGUGAAAAUCUGUCAGCAGUAUAACAAAGAGCCACGUUUUGCGACCCUUUACAGCACUAAGGACAAAAUCCCUCUUUAUUCAGCUUUUAAGUAUACAAAGCCAGCCCAAACCAAGGAGGAGACCUGGCUGGUCGAACCGCAGAUAGAUGAUCCAGGAAAUGACCUGCAUGAGAUGGUGCAUGAAGCUGAUGUUGUUGGCACAGUGUCUAACCUUGGUGCAAACCAAGCCCUGACCUCAGACUAUGUGGGCUCUGGUUAUGAGAGAGGGAUGCUCAACCCCAGCUUGCUCAAUGAGGAGGAUUUCCAGAUGGCCACUUACACGCUCACAAACGCUGUCCCUCUGAGCCCAUCUCUGAGCAAAAGCUGGCAUAGAGACAUAGGGAUGGUGGUGGAGCAAGCUCUGGUCCCCCACUGCUCCAAGCAGAAUCAUCUUUAUCUCCUUGCAGGUGCAAUUCCUUCCAGUGUCCGAGUCAAAGGCAAAGUGUCAGUGCCAGAGACGCUCUGGCUGGCAGCCUGCUGUGAUGCUCCAGAUGGAUGGUCCCUGGGGCUAGUGAAAAAAACCAAUGAUGAAGAGAGCUUGGCAGACCUCACGGUGAGAGAGCUGGAAAAGCAGCUUCUAUCAGGAGUUCAUUUGUUCAAAGGCAGCUGUGGGGAAGACAACCGAAGCCAGGGGAAAACAGAAGCAAUACUGCAAGCUGUUAGUCAGAUCCGCGCUGGAGAGCAAGUAGGAACAAGUGACAACGAGGAGGCCAAAGACAGUGGCUUGGUGAGAAAAGUGGUUGGCAUCAUUGCUACCCCUUUCAUCAAACUUCUGGAACUCCUCAUCUACCUGUUUGUGGAGCUGGUGAAAUUUGUGUUUUAUUUUCUGUGGCUUGUUAUCAAGCGGCUUGGUGGCACAGUUCUGGAUGGAGUCUACAGCCUGUGGAACGGGGUGGUGUCCUACCUUAAAGCCAUCAGCUUGGUGCUCAUCAGCAUCCCCUAUGACUUGGGAAGAGUCAUCAUCAACAUCUUCCUGGGCUGCCUGCAGAUUGUUCAAGAUGUGUUAUUCCUCACCUACAGGGUCCUCUGCAUCCCUGUGGGGUUUGCCCUUCACCUCGCUGCUUUCCCAUACCAAUCCAUCUGUGCCAUUCCCUCUGUCCUCAAAGACCUGGCCACUGGGAUCGGAGGCACCUUGUCCCUGGUCAUUGAUGCCACAGCUGCACUUCUGCAUGGCUUUUAUUACCUGGCUGCUCACAUAGUCAAACGGUUUGUCCCUAAAAUCUCCUCUGAUGACUGAUAGGGAUGGAAACCGAGGCUGCAGAGACAUGGACUGAAGGAGGAGUGGGGAAAUGCUUUAAGAGAUGUGGCCAAAUGCUGUCAAUUUUGUUCUGGUAUUUAUUGUAGUGACAUUAAUAAUGAACCUAAUGGGGAGGAAGAGGGAGGGCUGAGGUAACAUCACCAGGGAUGCCACCAUUGUAGCUCAAGUUCUGUCUGUUGUUAAGUGUUUGGGUCUUAUGGGUGCAGGCCACAAAGUUCCUGUGAUUUGCAGAUGUCAAGAUGCUUCCUCUGGGAGAUGCAUGCUAAAUGUGGUACGAGGUAUUUCUUUUCAGCUCUGAUAACACUGAGACACAUGCAGUGAGCUCUGCAGAAGCCUGGGAGGAGGUGGCAGGGAGCCUGUUAGGGUCUGGGGAUGAUUUUAGUUAUGGAGGGUUUUCUGUGAUCUAGAGAAAGGAGAAGGAAAUUAAAGUGCAAGGGUUGGGGCUGGGAAACAGCAGGGAGCAGGACUGAUGGGGGUGAGAUCCUGCUCUUUGUUGCACUGCUCAUUGUACCAAGGUCCCUCUGGUGGAGGGGAUGUGACUGGAUGUAUCUUCCAGUCCUCAGGCUUUUCCCUGCAGCUGAAAUCACAUGGAUCUCGCUGUGAGGAAAGACCUGCUGCAUGUCUUUCACAUGUUGGGAAAACAUUUUCCCUUAGCUAUCCCAAGGUUAUCUUCUCUCAACCCUUCCUUGCUCUCUGGUGACCACUGAAGGUCUAAGUCCUGAAGCUUUAAGAUACAGCAUUCCCUGAAGGGAAUGUUUCUAAGCCUCUGAAUGUCCCAGCCAUGGAGUACUUGUGCCUGGUCUGAAGUCCAGCAGCAUCCAGGAGUCACGCUUUUGGCUUUGAAUCAUUUCCCACCUGCUGACAGCUCCCCAGUCAUGCAGCAGUAUUUAUGUGCUUGAGACCUCCAUAAGAUGAUUCCCAGGCUGCUAAUGGGUGACACCACAGCUGUCAUUGUGAGCCUUGCACUGAAACACACCUUGCUGGGGAAAGAUGGUCCUCCUGGGCUUCCCCCCCAGGGCAAAAGAAAAGCAGCUCUUCUCUUUCCACUGGUCUGGGUUGGUGUCCUACAGAAAGAGGGAACAUUUGCUUCUCUGAAGUACAGAGAAGUGGUCAGACAAGUGAGAGAUCAGGUUAGGAAACCAAAAGCACAGAGAAAAUUGGAUCUCGCAAGGGGGGUUAAGGACAAAGGACAUAGGUGUGUAACAUAGGUGUGUAAAUGAUGAGAGGAAGACUAGAGAAAAUGUGGGCCCACUCCAGAAGGAAACUGGAGAGCUGGUCACCCAAGAUGUAGAGAAGGCUGAGAUACUCAAUGACUACUUUGCCUCUGUCUUCACUGGCAAGGACUCUGGUCACACCCUCUGUGUCACAGAAGCCAAAGGCAGGGACUGGGAAAGGGAAGAUCCUCCCACUGUAGCUGAAGAGGUUUGAGACCACAUAAAGAACCUGAAGGUGAACAGAUCCAUGGGACCUGAUGGAAUUCACCCACAGUUCCUGAAAGAACUGGUGGAUGAAGUUGCAAAACCACUGUCCAUCAUAUUUGAAAAGUCAUGGCAGUCAGGUGAAGUUCCUGCUGUCUGGAAAAGGGGAAACAUAACCCCCAUUUUCAAAAAUGGAAAAAAAAGAAGACCCAGAGAACUCCAGGCCAGUCAGUCUCACCUCUGUGCCUGGCAAGACCAUGGAGCAGAUCCUCCUGAAGGCUCUGCUAAGGCAAGGAGAUAACAAAGGGGAAGCUGGUGAGAGCCAACAUGGCUGCACUGAUGGCAAGCCCUACCUGACUGAUUUGGUGGCCCUUUAUGAUGAGAUCACAGCCUUGGUGGACAAAGGCAGAGCAACAGAGAUCAUCUACCUGGAACUGUGCAAAGCACUCAACACUGUCCCACACAACUUUAUCUCUAAACUGGUGCAAUACGGAUUCACUGGAUGGACCACUCAUUGGAUAAGGAACCGGCUGGAUGGUUGCACCCAAAGAGUUGUGAUCAGUGGCUCAGUGUCCAAAUGGAGAUGUGUGAGGAGUGGUGUUCCUCAAGGGCUGGUACUUGGACCAGUGCUGUUUAACAGCUUUGUCGGUGACAUGGACAGUGGAAUCAAGUGCACUCUCAGCAGGUUUGCUGACAACACCAAACUGUGUGGUGAAGUCAACAGCUGGAGGGAAGGGAUGACAUCCAGAGAGACCUUGACGGGUUUGAGAAGUGGUCUCAUGCAAACUGCAUUAAGUUCAACAAGGCCAAGUGCAAGGUUCUUCACCUGGGUCAAGGCAUCCCAGGCACAGAUACAGGUUGGGAGGAGACAGGAAUGUGGACAGCCCUGAGGAGAAGGACUUGGGGGUGGACCAGAAGCUCAACAUGAGCCAUCAGUGUGCUCUCACAGCUCAGAAAGCCAACUGGGUCCUGGGCAGCAUCAAAAGAAGCACAGACAGUCAGGGUAGGUGAUUCUCCCCCUCUCCUCUGCUCUUGUGAGAUCCCAUCUGGAGUAUUGUGUCCAGUUCUGGAGUCCCCAGCAUAAGAAGGACAUGGAGCUCCUGGAACCUGUCCAGAGGAGAGCCACUAAAAUGCUCAGAGGGCUGGAGCACCUCCCCUGUGAAGAAAGGUUGAGGAAGUUGGGGUUGUUCAGCCUGGAGAAAAGGAGGCUUUGAGGUGACCUUAUAGCAACCUUCCAAUAUCUGAAUGGGGCCUACAAGGAAACUGGGGAGGGACUUUUUACAAGCGCAUGGAGUGAUAGGGCAAGGGGAAAUGCAUUUAAAUUGGAAGAGGGUAGAUUUGGUUUAGACAUUACCAUUUCUUACUGUGAUGGUGGUGAGACACUGGCACAGGUUGCCCAGGAAGGCUGUGGAUGCCCCAUCCCUGGCAGUGUUGAAGGCCAGGUUGGAUGGGGCUUGGAGCAGCCUGAUCUAGUGGGAGGUGUCCCUGCACAGGGCAGGUGGGUUGGAACUAGAGGAUUUUUAAGGGCCCUUCCAACCCAAACCAUUCUAUGAUUCUUUGACAUGGGAGAGGAGAUGUCUGGGGAGCAUGGGCAGGGAUUUUGCUGCUUUUGCACAGGGCAGUUUGAUGUUUUCAUAGUCCCUGCCUGGAGGAAUAGCCAGAGCUGGGCAGGAGCCAGCCCUGGGCAGGGCAGGUGGGUCCCCUUGGUGCUGUGCUUUGAGUGAAGCUGGCCUGAGGGAUGUCAGGGCAAGUGGUCUUGUAAUCAGAAGAGAAAAGACAGAGGAAAUAGGAUACUUGAGGUGAGUUACUUGCACUUGGAGGUCCUGGCAGCAGUCAUGGAAGAGGCCUCUUUCACCCCUGAGAGGAAGAGAGGUUUGUGUGGCUGUUGCAGCUGCAGCAUCCAUCAUGUCCAGGGUCAGUGACAGCCCUAACAGUACAACCUGCUUUCCCCCUCCUUAGCUGCUUCCGGAAACCUGUAGGAGGGAAGAAAAGGCUGUGUUUCCUCUGUCUCCCUUGGGGCCUAUGGAUGAGAGGCAGAAGAGGGAAUCUGUUGUGCUUAUUUUGCUGUGUAAAUUCCCUGUUUGGUGAGCCCAUGUGUAAGGAGACACGUUUAUGUCAGAGAGGAACCCAACCCCUCUUCUCCAUGAUUUGUCCUCUCUGAUCAUUCUUCAUCUCUUCUCCCCACUGGUGUGAGCCAGGAACCCUCCAUGUGGGACACUGAAGCUGGGUCAUGUAUGGAGGCUUUGUAGAAGACCCCAUCAGGGGGCUGCAGCUGGAUGAGGGGCACAGAGACAUGGACACCUGCUGCUGGAGGAGGGCACAGGAGUGCUGCCUUUCCUCAGGGUUUGCCUCAGCAAGGGGCUUUGGAUCUCUUGGUGCAGUUGCCUGGAGGAGGGAGGUUCUGUACCUCAGCAGUGUUUGCUCUGGUUGGACUCCAAGGGGCACUUGGGAGUGCCCAAAUAC